AACCAUCAACAACCUUAUCACUUCUAAAUCUACUAGCUCCCCUACGAUUAACUGGGGUAACUGGGAGAAGGAUUUCAAAACGGAAAUAAGGUUAGACGAACAUUUUAGCAGACUCCAAAAUGGCUACGAAACACGACUUGGAGAUUCUCAACAGCGUUUUCAACCCUCUGUUGCCCAUUGGAGAGUGUCCUUUCGAUGAUAUUGUGGAUGCAGAAUUAAAAGAUGAAGAAGAAUUGACCGACUCUGUUAUCGAGGCCAAGAAAUUGGAAAUUGAAGCUGUAAAGAAAGCCGAGGCUGGGAAUGUGGAUGAAGCAAUCGAAAUUUUCGGUCAGUGCAUCCAGUUAGCUCCAAGACGUCCAUCCGGAUAUAACAAUAGAGCACAAGCAUACAGAUUAAAAGGAAAUAUUCCCGCUGCUCUGGAAGAUUUGAACAAUACACUGAACCUGAGUGGAGGUAAAGGCAAAUCAGCCUGCUUAGCUUAUUGUCAGCGAGCUCUUAUCUAUCGAUUACAGAACAAACAAAAGGAAGCAGUGGCCGAUUUUGAGAAGGCUGCAGCCUUAGGAAGUGAAUUUGCCCGAUCGCAGCUGGUUCUGAUGAAUCCGUAUGCAGCUCUGUGCAACCAGAUGCUUCGAAAAGUAAUGGCGCAAUAUCGUUAAGCAAAAGGAGUUAUAUCACAAACUAUUUUAUUUAAAAAAUAUAUCCAAGUAACCCUUUUAUGAAGAAUUAUUGAUGCACUGGCAUUGUUUGGUUUGGAAUAUAUAUAUAUAAAAAAUUCUAGUACAUAUAUGGUUUAAAAUCAUAACUUACUAGUUUUAUAUUAUUAUCAUGCUACUUUUGUACUAAAAAAAAUGUACUA